UGUAAAAUAAAUGUGGGUACUUCCUUUUAAGCACAUGCUAAAUCUUUGUAGCUUAGCGCAACUACCUAUUAACUUCCCGGGUCAACUUGUACAUGCGAAAAGUGACAGCAGCAACGAUCACUCGGCACACAGCUGUUUAUAUUUCUUUGUGUUCAUAAUUAGCUGUAAGCUUUCACACUAUAUACACUUAAUAUUCAUUUGUAGUGGCGAGUUUUAAUUCACGUAAAAUGGUGUUUUACUUCACAAGUGCCGUGGUCAACCCUCCCCACACAAUCUACAUGGGAAAAGAUAAAUAUGAAAAUGAGGAUCUAAUAAAGUACGGAUGGCCUGAAGACAUCUGGUUUCAUGUGGACAAACUGUCUUCGGCUCACGUUUAUCUGAGACUGCCAAAGGGUAAAUCAAUAGAUGAUAUUCCCCCUGAGGUGCUGAUAGACUGUGCACAGCUGGUGAAAAACAACAGCAUCCAAGGCUGUAAGAUGAACAACAUUAACGUGGUUUACACGCCGUGGGCCAACCUGAAGAAAACCGGAGACAUGGACGUAGGACAGAUCGGCUUCUUUCGACAGAAAGAGGUGAAGAUCGUGGCGGUGGAGAAGAAGGUCAACGAGAUCAUAAACCGUCUGGAGAAAACCAAAGUGGAACGCUUCCCCGACCUGGCGGCAGAGAAAGAGUCGCGAGACCGAGAGGAGAGGAACGAGAAGAAAGCUCAGCUCCAAGACCAGAAGAAGAAAGAGAAGGAAGAGCAGAGGAUGAGAAAAGAGAUGGAGGAACUCAAGAGCUACACUGCACUGAUGAAGUGUGAAAAUAUGAAGACUAAUGAGGACGGUAAUGAUUCGGACGACUUCAUGUGAGAGGUGAACACCAGGCAGCAAGCAGACCGAAUUCCCCCUCCACCACUCUAACCUGCUGUCAGGAUGCUCCCCCGCUGCUUAGCUUGCUCUAACUCUGCACUGACAUUAAAAGAAACAACAAAGGCAAACAGAUACCUUUUUUGCUUUUGGACACUUGGAGCAGAAAGCGAGCCAAUGGGGGACAGUGCUGGGAACUUACUCCACAUGCAGACACUUAUUUCAAACCAAACCAAGCUGCCUGGCUUCGUCAUCAAGGGACUGUGGGAAGGAAAAAAACACAGGACAGCAAGAAUGCUGAGGAUAAUUUUGAAGGGAAAACACUCAAUAGCAUAACUGUGUUUUCACUGAUGCUGAUAUAACUAGUGUUCGGGUUGUUUUUAAUACCCUGCAAACCAUUCUGUUCACUUUCUUUAUAUGUUCAUUUCUCUGCAUGCCAGAUUUUAUUCAAUACAAUUCAAAGUAUUAAAUUCAGUCAUAGAUAUUCAUUCAUCAACAUACAUCAACCAGUCGCAGCCACUAUCAUCCAACUCCAGAACCAUAGUGUUUGGAGCCACUGAAGUUCUGAAAGAUUGUAUUUUUUAAACACAUCUCACCGUCGACUAAAAGUUUGGUUAAAAAUUCCACUAAGUGAACCUUGAGUUUAAAAAAUGUAUUUUUGUCAAAUAGAGCCAGUACUGUCACACGUUCAAUACUGGACCUGCAGUAUGAAAUGAGGAUGAGAUAUAUAAUAACUGCAUCUCUUGUUGGUUGCGUUGUGGUAG